AUGCUUCAAAACUUUCUUGCUCACCGUUCAUGUGGCAUCCUUUUUAGCAGUGAUAUCGAGUGCCUGGACACCGCUGUGCUGGAUGCUGAUGGCUCGUACCGGAAGUCAACGGGAGCUCCUGUUCACCACCGUGUCAUGGGGACACUUUCCAUCGUUGCCGUCACGUAUUUCUUCGGCUGCGGAGGUCCACUAGGCUCUGAGCCCAUUGUGUCGUCCACUGGGCCAGUGAUCGGUCUUCCAGCCAUGCUCCUCUACCCGCUGCUCGUGACGGGGCCGUACGCUUUCAUCGUCGCGGAGCUGUGUUGCGCGUUCCCCGAAGACGGAGGCUUCACCGUGUGGGUUUUCAACGCCUUCGGUCCGUUCUGGGGCUUCCAAGUGGGCUACUGGUCGUGGAUCUCCGGCAUCUUCAACACGGCGUUGCUACCGGGCUUCUUGCUGGAGAUUCUGAGCGACUACUACGACGUCUCCAUCUCCUCGAGCGUCGCCUCCUACGCCGUCAAACUGGCGCUCGCCAUCUUCUUCACGCUGCCCUGCCUCGUCGGGACUCGAGUCGUGUCGCGCACCUGCGUGAUCCUGUUGGUCUGUGUGCUGCUGCCAGUGAUGGUGUUCACCGUUUGGGGCUACAUGCGCGCGCGCGACUUUGGGGAUUUCUUCGAGGCUCGACAUGAGGCCAACGUCAUCCAUCACGACCUCGGCGACGACGAGCAGGUCGGAGCGGUGGAAAUCGACUGGGCGCUGCUACUCAACACGCUCUUCUGGGCCUUCGACGGGAUCAACAUGGCAUCGGUCUUCGGCGGCGAGGUGUCCAACCCGGCGCGCGCGUACCCGCGGGCCAUCGCGUUUACCGUCGUGCUGACGCUGUUGACGUAUUUGGUGCCGAUGCCUGCCGCCAUCCUGGUGGACGACCCCAACUGGUCGUACUUCACGCACGCCUCGUACCCGGCCCUGGCCGAGUCGAUCGGCGGCCCCGUCCUCAAGGCGUUCUUCGUGUUUUCAUCGUGCUGCUCGGUCGCUGGCCUGUUCGUGUCGGGCAUCUUCUGCAAGUCCUUCCAGCUCUCCGGCAUGGGCGACGUGCAGCUGCUGCCUCACUGCUUCGCGCGGCGCAGCUCGAGGUUCGACGCGCCAUUCGUGUCCAUCGGCGUCACCGCAUUGUUCACGAUGGCGCUGCUGGGCGUGGACUUCGCCCACCUCUUGCCCAUGGCCAACGCGUUUGCGGGGGCUGUACAGCUCCUGAUCAUCCUGGCCGCUGUUCGGCUGCGCAACAUGCUGCCGUACAUCCCUCGGCCCGUUCGCGUCCCUGGUGGCGUGCGGGUGCUUGCGGCCCUGGCUGGCCUGCCUACGGUUGUGCUCUGCUACAUCGUCUUCGACACCUUCCGCAGCUUGACGUCGACCCUCAUCGUUUUGGCGUUCCUAGUGCCUAGCGUGGCGUAUGGCCUCUACGAGCGAGGCCACAGCCACGUACGGCGUAACCAGCUCGUUGAGCGCCUUUGA